AUGGUCAAGCGGCCCUUCUUCACGUUAGAAGAUGCCAAGAUCUCCUUCAGCCUCUUUUGCUGCAUGUGCGGCGUCGGGACGCUCAGUAUGCCCGCCAACUUUGCUCGAGCAGGUCCGUUCCUCGGGUCCCUCGCAACGGUCUUCAUGGCUCUCGCCAACAUCUACGCGUCAGUGGCCAUGUCCAAGGUCCUUCUCCUAGCUCCGAGCUCGGUCAAUACCUUCAGUGACCUCGGGGAGUGGUGUUUAGGACGCACGGGCCGCUGGCUCAGCGUCGUCUCUCAAAUGGGGUCCUGCCUUCUCAUGCCCUGUGUCUUCCUUGUGCUGGGUGGGGGUCUGCUCGAUCGGCUCUUCCCGGAUGCCUGGAGCACCACAGUCUGGAUCAUCUUAAUGACCAUCACCGUGCUCCCCCUUGCGCUAGUCCCUACCCUGAAAGAAGGAGCUGGAGCUGCUUUUGCUGGUUGUAUGGGCACCCUCAUUGCCGAUGGCCUGGGGAUCGCUAUUGUCGCACACGGAAUGCAGGGUGACCACCCGUCCGUGCCGUCGCCGGAAUUGAGUUUACCGCAAGUUGCGGGUGCCUUUGGGAGUCUCGCCAUGGGCUUUGGAGCUGGCAUUGUCUUGUCCGAUGUCCAGCGGCAACACAGUGACCCAAGUCGCGUCCCCCGGGUCGUCGUUGCAACCAUGAUCUUUGUCAUGAUCAUCCUGCUGGUCUUGGGCUUCGUCCCGUACUUCUCUGUCGGCUGUCAGAUCUCGGGCAACUUGCUGUACAUGAUCUACCCCGAUGCAACCACGGGGUUGACGGUACUAGGCUUUGCUCCAAAGUGGGGCACUGUCGUGCUCGCCUACAUUGCCAUGCAAAUGCACGUCACGAUAGCUUUCUCCGUGCUGAUUAACCCGGCUUUCUACAUUGCGGAGCGACUGGUCCUCGGGAUGCACGAGAAGAAACCGGUGGAGAUGGAAACCGGAUUGGCGUUUCAGGAAUCCGGGACCCCCGUGCCGAAAACCAGCGAAGUGUCGGCGGUAAGUGUGACGUCCAGUCGUCGAAUGCGGACGUCCGUCUUCCCUCUUACAGGCGAGUUCAAGAAUGACCAUGAACUCGAAGCGGCCGAGUACCGAGGGGCGAAUGCGAUCAAGUACAUUCUACUACGACUCGUGAUCAUCGUCGUGCUCGUGAUCCUUUCGAUCGUUUUUGCGGAUCAUUUCUCGGACUUUGUCGACUUCGUUGGGGCGUCGGCGAUCACGGCCAAUUGUAUCGUGCUACCCACGGUUUUCUACCUCAUGAAGACGUGGGAACACGUCCCGCUCUAUGAAAAGUUUGGCGCUGGGGUGAUUAUCGUCGUCUGCACGAUUCUCGGCUGCUACUCGACGUACACUGCGGGCAAGAAUUUAUUCUCGCCUUCGGACUCGGAAGCGCUGUUCCCGUACUGCGAGGCCGAGUUCCAAGACGUGGUGUACUACAAUCAAACGGCGCUGUAG